AUGAGCCCGACCCCGCCCUCUCCGGAGCCGUCCCGGCCGCCGCUCACCGGACACAGCUCGGCCCCGUUCCCGAGGACCAGCCGCCGUUCCCGCGGGCUCUGUUCCGCCCGCUGCCCCUGGCCGUGUCCUGGGGGACGCGCCCGGCCCACGGCACCGACCAAACGCCGGCCACCGGCCCGAGACUCCGGACUGGACCGAGCCUCCGGACGGUCACCGGCCGGAGCCGCCGGACUGGGCCGAACCACCGGGACGGUCACUGGGCCGAGCCGCCGGACGACGGCCACUGGGCCGAGCCACCGGACGGCCACCAGGUCGGGCAACCGGACAGCGGCCACCGGGCCGGGCCACCGGACUGGGACGAGCCCCCGGACGGCCACCGGACCAAGCCGGCACCGUCCCCGGAUGAGAAGCACCCCCAGAAGGAACCAAAGCACCCGGAAGGGCUCGGCGGCGUGCAGCAGCCGGAGUGGAUCUCCAGGAGCCCCAGCCCGUCCUUCCAGGACCCCGCGGCCGGCACCGGCCGCGCCCGGCUCGGCCCUCGGGCCGCGAAUCGGCGCCGGCGUCGCGCAGAGCCAAAGCCAAACCCUCGGAGAGCGGCCGCGGGAGAUCGGAGCCGGAGCCCGCGGCCGAGGUGGACGCCGCCCGAGCCGGACGUGGUGGUGGCCAAGCAGUCGUGGACGGUGAACGCCGAGGACUCGGUGGAGCGGCUGCCGCCGCCGGAGGCGCGGCCGUACGUGUGCGGGGUGCUGCUGGAGGAGCCCCCCAAGGACGAGGAGCCCGAGCGGGAGGGGAGCGCGCCGAGCGUGUUCACCUGCAUCGAGUGCAGCAUCUACUUCCGCCGCAAGGAGCACCUGCUGGAGCACACGCUGCAGCACAGCCGCAGCGGCGCCGACGCCGCGCCCAGCCCCCGCUUGUGCUGCGGCGAGUGCGGCUGGGCCUUCGCCGAGGCCGCGGCGCUGGAGCGGCACCGCCGGCGCCACCAGGAGUCCCGCGAGAAGAUCAUCGAGGAGAUCCGGAAGCUGAACGAGUUCCCGGACGAGGGGCGCGAGGCGCGGCUGCAGUGCCCCAAGUGCGUCUUCGGCACCAACUCGUCCAAGACCUUCGUGCAGCACGCCAAGAUGCACGUCAAGGAGAGGAAGGAGAGCGCCUCGAGGAGCUCCGGCGUCUUCGGGGACGGGCUCUGCAAACCCUUCCCGAGCGAGGAGCUGCCCUCGGCGGCGGCGGCGCCGACCGGCAAAGCGCCGAGCGCCUGCGUGCUGUGCGGCUUCCCGGCGCCCACCGAGCACGUCCUCAAGGAGCACCUGAGGUACGCCCACUCGCACUCGUCCUGGCGGCACGAGAGCUUCGAGGAGGACCCCGAGCGGCCCGGCACCUCCCGCGGUUCCUACAGCCCCGCCCGGCCCGGCCGCUUCGCCGACGCCGAGGGCUUCGGCAGAACCGAGAGGGGAUUCCUCCUGCCGGGAGCUUCUUCCGUCUACGAGCCCGCCCCGGCCGCCUUCGGUCAGCCCGGGUCGGACAAGAGCGACCAAGGGGCCGCCAAGAAGGAGCCGCACGGGUUCCACCACGCCAGGAAGGCGGCGCCGUUCUCCCACCAAAGCUCGGCCUCGGCCGGGUUCUCGCCGUCCAGAAGCUUCUCGCACUCGGCGCUGCAGCCCCUGCGGAAGAGAGCGGCCGCCCAACACCCGCAGGGCGACGGGGACGGCGCCCGCGGCCACCAGGAGCUGCGGCACGGGUGGGCCGUGGAGGACAUGGAGCUGGGGGACAGCCAGGCCACCGCCGCCACCGUCACCGUCCCUCAGGCCGCGCUGGAGCUCAAGAGAACCUUCAGGGCCACCCUGAGGGCCACGGACCCCGCGGUGGCCUCGGAGGAGCAGCGGCGGCAGCUGAGGACGACGGUGCCCGUGGUGCUCCUGGAGGAGAUGAGCGCCCACCCCAGGGCGGCCAAGAGGCCGCGGGGGAAGCCCCUCAAGAAGAAGCUUCUCCCACCACCACCACCACCACCACCAGCAGCAGCACCACGAGGAGAGUUCCUGCUGGAGGAACCUCCUCUCUCCUUGGACGUUCUGCUGCUGGACGCCCCUCUGGAGGGUCCCCUGGAGCUGGAGGAGCUGCUGGGCUCGGAGGCCACCAUGCUGAAGAACGAGGAGAGGAAAUGUCCCUACUGCCCCGACCGCUUCCACAACGGCAUCGGCCUGGCCAACCACGUGCGCGGCCACCUCAACCGCGUCGGCGUCAGCUACAACGUGCGGCACUUCAUCUCCGCCGAGGAGGUCAAGGCCAUCGAGCAGAAGUUCUCCUUCCAGAAGAAGAAGAAGAAAGGUAUGGCCAACUUCGACCCGGGCACGUUCAGCCUGAUGCGCUGCGAGUUCUGCGGCGCCGGCUUCGACACGAGGGCGGGGCUGUCGAGCCACGCCCGCGCCCACCUGCGCGACUUCGGCAUCACCAACUGGGAGCUGACGGUGUCGCCCAUCCACAUCCUCAAGGAGCUGCUGGCCACGGCCCCCGAGCACCCGGCGCUGCUGCGCGCCGCGGGGCCCUCGCCGGGACGGGACCUCCUGCACCGGGACCCGCACCAGGACCUCCAGCGGGACCUGCACCAUCACGGCGAUCUCCACCGGGAUCUCCAGCGAGAUCUCCACCGGGAUCUCCACCACGGUGUCCACCACGAUCUCCAGCGAGAUCUCCACCGUGAUCUCCACCACGGUGUCCACCAGGAUCUCCAGCGAGAUCUCCACCAAGAUCUUCACCAUGAUCUCCACCAGGAUCUCCACCAUGAUUUCCAUCAGGAUCUCCAUCGGGAUUUCCACCAGGAUCUCCACCGGGAUCUCCACCGGGACCUGCCGGAACCGGCGCCGUUCCCGCUGCCCUGGGGGGACGAGGCCCUGCAGCCCUACAGGGAUGGUGAGAGACCCCAAAAAUGGGAUGCUCCCCGCUCGGCGCUCGGCUGCUCUCCCCUGGCCUCUCUCGGGCCGCUCGCUCGCUCUCUCUCUCGGCGCUCUCGGCGCUCGGCCGCGCGGCCUGGCGGGCGCCCCGCGUGCGCCGUGCCCAAGAUGGCGGCCUCCACCUCGGCCUCGGCCGCCGCCUCCCCGCCGCCCAAAGUCACCAAAGCGGCGGCGGCUCCGCGGCCCCGCGACCGCGACCGCGGCGGGGACGGCGACCCCGAGCCCCCGGCCGCGCCCGAGCCGGGUGAGCGCCCCUUUCCCCCGCCCCGCCGAGACCGGGCCCGCCCGCGCCCCCCCCCCCCUCACCCGCCCCCACCCGCCCCCCGAUCCCCUCACGGCUCCCCCGGGGUCCCCUCACGGAUCCGCCCCGCGCCGGGCGCGGUUCGGCCGGGCCGGGGCUCCGCGGGAGGGCGGCGGGAGAGCCCCGCGGGGCUCCGGGAGGCCGCGGCCGAGCAGCCGCCGCCCUCCUUUGUCCCGGCCCCGGCCCCGCUUUGUCCCCGCGGGACCCCCGGGAUGCGCUCACGGAACGGGCCCGGCGCCGCCGGGGGCUCCGAACCGAGCCGGCCCCAACCGGCGCCGCCCGGGGCUGGUGGGGCCUCCGUGCCGGGGAGGGCCCGGUUCGGUUCGGACAGCCCGGUUCGGUUCGGGUCGGAUCGGGGCUCCCGGCCCGGGGGAGGCGGGGAGGGACCCGGUGCGGCCAGGCCGAGCCCCGGGGUGUCCCCCAGCCCG